UGGAAAAAGUCAUAGUCAUCUUCAUAGAAUCAUAGUACUGUUUUUCUUUCUUUCAUUCUUUAUUUAAAGACCAUAAUGUGGCGGCUUGGUCGGUAACGUAGCUAGCUAGUUCCACUAUGGGCAAACCCUCUUCUUCUUCUUCCUCCUCAUCUACUAGCAGGAGUAGAAACUCUGUUUUCUCCUCUGCUUCCUCUCUCACACACCAACAUACUGAAGGCCUUCAAACAGAUCUUAGGCUUGGACUAGGCAUUUCCACCACUCAACAUGUUGGCUCUUCUACUUCAAGGGGGCAUAGUUGGCAACCAAUGCAACCAGAUCUAAGUAGUUCACAAGCUGCUGAAGUGAAUGAUUGCAGUGAUCAUAACAGCUUCUUUGUGAAGGUCUACAUGGAAGGCAUUCCAAUUGGAAGAAAACUGAAUUUACUAGUUCACAAUGGGUACCAAGAACUAGUAAAGACUCUUGAACAUAUGUUUGACACUACCAUUCUAUGGGGGACUGAGAUGGAUGGAGUGCAAUCAGAGAGGUGCCAUGUGCUAACUUAUGAAGAUGGAGAAGGAGACUUGAUUAUGGUUGGAGAUGUUCCUUGGGAAAUUUUCUUAUCAGCUGUAAAGAGGUUGAAGAUCACCCGGGUUGACACAUUUGGUUGUUAAUUAAGGCAUACUAGAGUGAGACUCAAUAUUAAUGAUCACUGAUCACCAAGUGAUUUAUAGAGUAUGUUUGGGUAUUGGCAAUGGCAAGGAAGGAGUGUGGUCAAGAAGGCAAGCACAAUCAGUUUUGUGUAGAAAUUAAGUGUUAAAUAAUGAUUUUUGCCCCUUAAUUUGUAUAUGAUAGCUAGCUAUUCAAAUCCGCUUAGGUCAGUUUUGAAAUAAAAAUGAACUAAAAAGAGUUUGAAGGGUCA